GAACAGCACAUCAACAGGACUACAUGCCUGUCAGUCACACAGUAUCUCUCACUGGAGGCAUAAUGGAUCCUAAUGAUCACAACCAAAGAGACACAAGAUACCAGCCGAACCCUGUCAACUCUAAAGACGGCACAUCAGGAACAUCUGGAGCUGAGCAGACACCUGAGAACACAAACAGAGAUGCACCUGACAGCGGGAACCCACAGGCGACCGGCAGACAGCCGCAAUACUCAGGCGGAUACACCAUGAUCCCACCAAAUGAAUCUCGGCGAAACGAGCUCCUAAGAAUCGCUCAGAAAGAAGAGGAGGAUCGUCAGAGAUGGAAGGAGGCAAACAGAGUCCCCUCUGUGCACAUGACUCCAGCGAAACUGGGUGGUAGUGCAACUUUGUCUGGAGCCAGGGAGAAGCAGCAUACAGACUCUCGUUGCUCCAAACUGCAGAAAAGGCUAAAAAAGGAAGACUUGGACAAGAAGAAGAGACAAGAGGAGGACGAGGAGAACCAGAAGAAGAAAGAUAUACAGAGGGAGAAGGCUGAUCGCCUGGAGGAGAGAAAGCGACAGGAGGAGCAGAGGAGGAGGGAGCAGCUCAGCCAGGAUCAUGCCAGGAAGACUGAGAGUUUUCUGCAGAGGUUUGAGAGGACAGCCCCGGGUCCGCUGGCAUCCAGCAGUGCCGCACACACGUCAUCCAGGAGUGGGGCCGUGGAGAGUAAACAGAGAGAGGACUUGACAGGUGUGAGAGACGUACAGCAGGAACACACGAGGGUGAACCAAGCCUUUCUGGACAAUCUCGAGGGUCGACGCGGGGGGAGUGAGAAGGACACAAAAGAAGAAGGCGUUUGGGAGUGUCCCUUUUUGGCCCCCGAGGAUUUUAGACACCGGCCGGACAACCCCCGUGGACACCAACUCCCCCCCUCUCAGCCGAUCCCAGACCCAGAUCAGUGCUUUGCCGACUGGACAGUUGAAGCUGAUCCUGACUAUGAUUGGGCCUUGGUGAAACUGAAGAAGAGCUUUCCAGACUGCAGCAGAGUCUUCCUCGAGGACAUCCUGGAGCAGUGCAACAGCGACUACGAGCAGGCCUACACACUACUCGACUGCACGAUGAAUUAAGUGGUAUGCAUGUUUAAUGGGAGGACUGUCUCUCCUUUAAUAUUGAGUUUGACACUUUAGGAGUUGGGCCAAAUAAAAAUGCAUAACCAGCGUUCACGAUGAUAAAGAAACGAUAGACUUGAGGUACCUACCUUGGUGGUGGAUGCAAAUGCUGACGGCACUACACAGCUGCAUUAAUUAUAUACCUAUGUGCUUAUUUGAAUCUGUUUUUGAUAAUGCCAUUGUAAUUGAGUGUUUGCUGUCUUGUAUCUGUCUGCAUGCACUCGUGAGUCAUGUCGGGUGUUCGCCCUGACGUCGAGUUGAAUUGAUAUUCGUUUUCACCAGUUUAGCUGAAGGUCGUCAGCAUGACUCACGAUCUUCAGAUCAUAUUUGGGGCUCUUAAUUAAAUCAGUGUGCGGAGAUGGAAGAAAAGCUCUACCCACAUACAUGAUGCUUUUUGUUUGUCUUAUAAUCAAAGUCACAUGGGGUGUAUCUAUUGCAGGAUUCUUCAGGGCAACAAAAGAUUUUAAAUCCAAAUGGGAUUUUCUUUAGAAAGGCUUCAGUGCAAAGGCACAAUAGCUUUAGAGGACUUCAAUAAAACGGCUUCUUGUGAACUCUC